AUGCAUGUAGCUGGUGUUGGUCGAGCUUUGAAGUCUCAAAACGUCACGCCGUGUUUUGUUGGCAUGUACCAGAUUUUACUGAGGAUAGGAGAUGUGGCCUAUCAAAUUGAUUUGCCUCCGCCGCUUGCUAAUCUUCAUGAUGUGUUUCAUGUGUCUCAGUUGAGGAGAUAUAUUUCAGAUCCAUCUCAUGUGAUCCCGGUGGAUGAUGUGCAGGUGGGAGAUAAUCUGAGUAUUGAUGUAUCACCCGUGCGGAUAGAGGUUCGGGAAGUGAAACAGAUGCAUGGUAAAGAGAUUUCCUUAGUGAAGGUAGUUUGGGGUAGACCAGCUGGUGGGAGCAUGACUUGGGAGCGAUUGUGA